GUCGGUGCUGGGUUUAUUACCGUCUGCAUCGUCACCGGUUUCGGCUUUUCGGCUAUGCGGAGAAAACUGAAUGCGCUGUUGACAGCGGAAACAGCGGACAAAGCUGCCGUGGAAGCUGUGCUGAAAGAUCAUGCAGCGCUCGGCUGCGACAUACAGAUACUGAAUCAGCGGAUGGCGGUAUUCUUCCUCUGUUUCUACGCGCAAAUUAUUAUGCUAUACAUGUGGGUAAUCAACAGUCUGAAUAAGAACUCGGCCGAAAGUAUGCCGCCCUGGCUGAUAUUCCAGGCCUUCUUGGUCGUCUCUGUUACCGCCGCGGCGAUUUUUGUCGCAGAACAGGCGGACAUUUCCGACGAACUGCAGAUACUGAUCGAUAACGAAGGAGACGAAACCAAUAAAAAGGAUUCAUUUAUUCGGCUAUAUGGCAUCGCCAGUCAGCCCACGGUGUUCAGUGUCGCUAAUAUGAUCACCAUUGACCGGGGGUUCGUAGCCAGCAUAAUCGGACUGUUCAUCAGUUAUGGAAUCCUGGCCAGCGAGCUCGGAGACAACCUUACCAAUGGUGGCAGCAGCUUAGCGGACGCAAUGAAACUGGAAUUCUCCAAAUUGAACUGCUCUUACUGGGCUGCUCAAUGCCAGCUGUAGUAGUUCAGACAUUCUUUAUUCAUAAUUCAUACGCAAUAA